AUGUCGAUUUCUACUUUCUCACUGUUUUUGAUCAUUCAUUCAAUCAUGUCUCCUAUCCAUGCAUCUUCUUCAUUCUCAAAACCUACUUCAUCCGAUGGCCUCUGUGACAUUACUCCUUACCCGGAUUUCUGUAAUUCUGAAAUGCCUCAAAACAAAUCAACCAACAUAUAUGACUAUGGCAGGUUGUCCAUCCAGAAAUCUCUUUCAACAUCCCAAGUCAUACUUUCUGCAAUCAACCGUUACUUACAUUCCGGAAGUUCUUCACAAUCUCAGACCACAAUUUUUGCUCUUCAGGAUUGCAAAAUUCUCCUCAGUUCAAAUGUGGAUUUGUUAUCAAGUGUUGCUGGAAUUAUAAAAGAUAGAGAUGCCCUCCAAAGUUCACAAUAUGAUGACUUGGAGACUUGGCUUAGUGCAACCAUUACCUCCAAACAGACUUGUUUGGAGGGACUAUAUGCUGUGUCAUCAGCUUGGGCCAUAGCAAAUGGCCUUUCACCUUCAUUAGCUAAUGGAACCAUGCUUUGUAGCGUGUCCCUUGCACUUGUCAAGCAUGGUUGGCAAUCUGGUGGUGGUAGUGUUAACAUUACCAAAGUAGUCGUGGUGAAUCCUGAUGGAAGUGGCAAUUACACCACCAUUAACGAUGCCAUUUCAGCUGCACCUAACAACACUCAAGCAGGCCGGGGAUAUUACCUGAUUCAUGUUGUUGCUGGAGUUUACCAAGAGUACAUUUCUAUUGCUAGUAACAAGAAGUAUCUGAUGAUGGUUGGUGAUGGCAUAAACCAGACGAUUAUAACUGGUAAUCAUAGCGUGGGUGAUGGAUGGACAACCUUCAAUUCUGCCACGUUUGCCGUGGUUGCACAAGGAUUUGUUGCAGUCAAUCUGACGUUCCGUAACACUGCUGGAGCAGCAAAAUACCAAGCUGUGGCUGUUCGAAAUGGUGCUGAUCUUUCUACAUUUUACAACUGCAGUUUUGAAGGUUACCAAGACACAUUAUACACCCACUCUAUGAGGCAGUUUUACAGGGAAUGUGACAUAUAUGGAACCAUAGACUACAUUUUCGGAAAUGCCGCUGUUGUUUUCCAGCUCUGCAACAUGUACUCAAGACUUCCUCUCCAAGGUCAAUUCAACACCAUCACUGCCCAAGGAAAAACCGACAUAAACCAAAAUACUGGUACUUCUAUUCUAGAUUGCAACAUUUUGGCCGCGACUGACUUAUCUCUGAGCAAUGCAACGGUACAAACGUAUCUUGGACGACCAUGGAAGAAUUAUUCCACGACGGUUUAUAUGGAAUCCUUCAUGGAUAGUUUGAUUAAUCCUGCUGGUUGGGCUGCAUGGUCAGGGGAUUUUGCGCUAAGUACAUUGUACUAUGCUGAGUAUAACAACUCUGGUCCGGGAUCGAACACUGCCAACAGGGUUACAUGGCCUGGCUAUCAUGUGAUCACAAGUGCAUCUGCUGUUGUUAAUUUCACUGUGUCCAUUUUCAUAUCUGGGGACUUCUGGUUGCCUGCUACCGGAGUUCCUUACAUUGGUGGCUUUCUUUAUGCCUAA